CGAGCGACAACUGAUGCUGGCCGCUUCUAAACUUGCGUUAAGCGACAUCCUCUUUCUCUCGCACGCGUCUCGCACUUUAGGCUUCCCGCGAACGGGCUGGUGGAAACUGAAUGUCAGUUUGGCGCUAACUAUUGCAGAUAAGCCCCGCACUGCUCUAAGGGUUACAGCAGUCAGGUGCACGAAACUGGGGCAAUAGCCAUUUAGUUUUGCGAGGAUGGCUGCAGCUCAGUAGACAACCGCCUGUCGGGAUAUGUGCACAUGCAUUUUGCACUUCGCGCAUCUCCGUCGACUUCAACGCGACAGUUUUUUUUGCCUUUCUAUUCCUUUUAGAAAAUCACCCACUGUCGGAGAGAGGAGGGGAUAUGUCUUACUUUGACUAAUUGCAUCUGUGUCGUGAAAAGGGUGACUGGAUGGUGGAAUAGUGAUGAAGGCUAAUCGAUGGGGAAACAUGCUUUCUCUAUCCAGCAAUCCUCUUCUUUUCCAUUUUAUUUGCUUUUUACUCCUCCUCCACUGCUUCCUCUCGACCCAUUCCCAGUAUCUGUCAGAGCCUAGGACAGGACAAGGCCUGCUGCUGUUCACCCAGCCUGCCUAUAACACUUCCAUUUUCGAGAACUCCGCUGCAAGAACUUACGUCAGGGGUGAUGUCAAAAUGGGCAUCAUUCUUGGGCCACCUCGGUCUUUAGACAUUAAAUAUUCUAUUGAGUCUGGCGACAGUGAAGGAAUAUUCCAGGCUGAGGAGUUUGUAAUGGGAGAUUUUUGCUUCCUCCGUAUACGCACUAAUGGAGGCAGUGGUGCCAUUCUGAAUCGGGAAGUACAGGACAACUACACUCUGAUAGUAAAGGCAUCUGCCCAUGGAGGCUUAGAAGCCUUAGCCACCAUUUAUGUCAAGGUUUUGGACACUAAUGAUCUCCGACCUCUGUUUUCCCCAACCUCCUAUUCAUUCGUGGUUUCUGAGAGUGCUCCCCUGGGCGCAAGCAUUGGACGUGUGACAGCCACAGAUGCUGAUGUGGGCUCUAAUGGGGAUUUCUACUACUUCUUCAAGAGCAGAGUUGAACUCUUUGCUGUUCAUCCGACCAGUGGCGUGGUUACCUUGACCGCUCAGCCUAGGAUGGACAAACAAGACCGGUUUGAGCUGGAGGUGCAGGUGGUUGAUAGAGGGAUGAAACUCUAUGGGAACAACGGGAUCAGCAGCACUGCUAAGGUUGUCAUUGCUGUGGAGCGGGUUAAUGAAUUUGCUCCUGUUCUGAGUGCAGUUGCUGUUGUCCCAUCAUGGGUGGACAAAGACCCAAUCUAUGCCAGAAUCACAGUGGAGGACAAAGACGAUGGUGUAUCUGGGGAUAUAGAGUGGGUAUCCAUUGUUGAGGGUGACCUCUUCGAACAGUUCGUGGUUGAUCGAUCUCCUCUUGGGAAUGAGUACAGGGUUAAAACAUCCGAACCUGUUGACUGGGAUACAUUCCCCUAUGGGUGCAAUUUGACCUUUCAGGCUAAAGACAGGGGAAUACCACCCAAGUUUUCAAAUACUCAGGUUGUUCAGUUAUUGGUUACAAAGCCAGAGCCAGUGUUAGUGAAAUUUGAAAAAGAUGUCUAUAUUGUUAAGGUAAGCGAAAUAACUCCCCCAGGCACCGUAGUAGAAUUAGUAAAAGUCUCCCCAGCCGCUCUGAGUGUUAAUUAUAGCUUCAGUAGCCUUUCGGAUCCAACGCACUUUGAUAUAAACCCUUCGACUGGAGUUAUUGUAACCACAAGGCAGCUGACAAAGAUAUCACAGGAUUUCAUGGAGUUGGAGGUGGUUGAAAUGAUCAGUCAGCAGCGGGCAAAGGUCCAAAUUACCAUAGAGGAUGCUAAUGACAACUCCCCGGUGUUCAACAGGCCGUUCUAUGAUAUUGGAAUCAAUGAGAGUCUCCCUGUUGGCACUGUUGUCGCUGUAGUGUCUGCUGUGGAUUAUGAUAAAGGAGAGAACGGGUAUGUAACGCAUACAAUCAGCGGUGAACCGUCUCUUCCAUUCACCAUAGACCAGGACUCAGGGGAGGUGAGGAUUACAAGGGACCUGGACUUUGAGUCUUCAAAUGAAGUCUAUUCUUUUGCUGUGCGGGCCUCUGACUGGGGUUCACCCUACAGAAGAGAGAGCGAGGUUAAUGUCACUAUCCGUCUCAUAAAUAUCAACGACAACCAGCCUGUUUUUGAAAGAGUUUCCUGCAGAGGCAUGAUAAGCCGUGAUUUCCCUGUCAGCGAGACUAUUGUCACCUUGUCAGCUGUAGAUAUGGACGAGCUUGGAAUGGUAAAAUAUAAAAUAUUGUCUGGGAACGAGCUGGACUAUUUUAACUUGCAUUCUGACUCUGGGGCUUUGUCAUUGAAAAGAUCAUUAGCAAUGGAUAAUUUAAAAAAUGGGGUAUUCAACCUGAAAAUAAUUGCAACAGAUGGAGAGAUGUUCUCCGAUCCUACGUUUGUGAAUAUAUCUGUGGUGAGGGGAGUAAAGCUGCCCAGGGGGUUCAACUGCAAAGACACCAGAGUAGCUCAGCUGCUGGCGGAGAAGAUGCUCUCCAAAGCGUCGGCCAUGGCUCGACCGAGAUCAGACGGGAGGCACACGGACCUCUUCUCUGUGAACAAGCAGUCUCCCCAGUUCGAGGCCUUGCCGACUAGCAUUCUGGUGAGGGAGGACCUCCCUGCCGGCGCCAGCGUGUUCCAGGUGCGCGCUCGAGACGGGGACACGGGCUUCAACGGCCGCGUUCUCUUCGCCAUAUCUGAUGGCAAUAAGGAAAACGGCUUCAAUAUCAACAUGGAGACGGGGCUGAUAACUGUCCUGCGGCCACUUGACCGUGAGCGAUGGGAUCGUUACUUCCUCAACAUAACGGUCUACGAUCAGGGCAUUCCUCAGAUGUCCAACUGGAGGCUGCUCACGAUGAUCAUCGAGGACGCUAACGACAACGACCCUGAGUUUUACCAGGACGGCUUCUCCGCGCUGGUCUCCGAGAAUUCCGCCAUCGGCGUGGAAGUCGUCACCAUCACGGCGUUCGACAGAGACAUGGCCCAGAAUGGACAGCUGUCCUUCAAAAUGCUGACCAACGUCCCCCAGUUUGGGAUCGACAGCGAAACGGGGACCGUGUUUGUUGCUAGCCACUUGGACCGAGAAACGUUCCCCGUGUUCUCGCUGAAGAUCGAAGUGAAAGACAAAGCGGAGAGAGGCACUCGGAGGUCAUCAGUGACUACUCUAAAUGUAAUAGUGGAGGAUGUGAAUGAUUGCGCCCCAGCUUUCAUCCCGAGCAGCUACUCGGCUCGAGUACUGGAGGACCUCCCGCCCGGGGCUGUGAUUUCCUGGGUGCAGGCUCAGGAUCCAGACGUCGGCCCAAGCGGACAGGUCCGAUACUCCCUGAUGAACGACUUCAGUGGCACUUUUGAGGUCGAUGGUGUGAGCGGGGUGUUGAGGAUAAGGAAAGAGCUGGACUUUGAGAAGCAGCAGUUUUUCAACCUGACGCUGCUCGCUGAGGACAGGGGAACGCCCAGCCUUAAGAGUCAGACGUUUGUGGAGGUGGAGGUGGUGGACGUCAAUGAGAAUCUGUAUGCGCCGUACUUCACCGAGUUCGCCGUGAGAGGCUCGGUGAAGGAGAACUCCCGUGCAGGCACAAGCGUCCUGACUGUCAGCGCUAAGGAUGAUGACAAGGGACGUGAUGGCGUAUUGAGAUACUCUAUCAGUGGUGGCAGCGGACUUGGCACUUUCACCAUUGACGAAGACACAGGGGUGAUCUACACUGCCGGCAUCCUGGACUGUGAGACCAAAGACUCGUACUGGUUCACAGUCUACGCCACAGAUAAAGGGGUCACGCCGCUGUCAGCGUCCAUCGAGGUCUUCAUACAGGUAGAGGAUGUGAAUGACAACGCCCCCCUCACCUCGGAUCCUAUCUACCAUCCGGUCAUAAUGGAGAACUCCCCCAAAGACGUGUCGGUCAUCCGCAUCCAGGCGCAGGACCCCGACCUCACCGCCACUCCCAGCCGUCUGAGCUACCGCAUCACUGCUGGCAACCCCCAGAACUUCUUCUCUGUCAACCCUAAAACAGGCCUGAUCACGACAACCGCGAGGAAGCUGGACAGAGAACAACAGGCGGAGCACUUCUUAGAGGUCACAGUCAUCGACGGCCCGGUGACCACCCGCCAGUCCACGGUGUGGGUCAUGGUCCACAUCGAGGACGAGAACGACAACCCGCCCACCUUCCCGGAGGUCACCUACCGCAUCAGCCUGCCGGAGCGGGACCGCAACAAGCGCGGCGAGCCCGUGUACCGCGUCUUCGCGUACGACCGCGACCUGGGAGCCAACGGCAACAUCACCUACAGCAUCGCCGACGGCAACGAGGACGAGAAGUUCAGCAUUGACCCCAGGACUGCUAUGGUGUCGUCAAAGAAGAUGGUGACCGCAGGAAGCUAUGACGUCCUCACUAUAAAGGCUGAGGACAGUGGUGACCCACCAUUAUGGUCCACGGUCAAGCUUCACGUGGAGUGGAUUCGGAAACCUGUCCCCUCGCCUCUGCCCCUAGUGUUCACACAGAGGUACUACAACUUCUCCAUCGCAGAGACGGCGGCUGUGGCGCAGCCAGUGGGAGUGGUCGCUGUGAGCCAGUCGACCACACCCGUGUGGUUCAAUAUCAUAGGUGGGCGUCUUGCCAGGGAGAUGUUUUACAUUCCUCAGAACGCCUGUGGAAGGAACUGCUCGCUUGACACAGGAAGCUUUGACAUGCAGUUCGACCUUCAAGUAGGGGUGGGGACCCUCGUCGUGGCCAAACCCCUGGAUGCAGAGGUGCAAUCUAUGUACAACAUGACUGUGCAGGUGACGGAUGGGACCAACUUCGCCACAGCACAGGUGUUCAUCCGGAUACAAGACAGCAACGACAACCCUCCGGUCUUCUCGCAGGCGGCCUACGAUGUCAGCGUCUCAGAGGAUGUACCGGUGGACAUGGAGCUGCUGCGGGUUCGAGCGUCAGACAUGGACGAGCGCGCCCGCUUGAGCUUCUCUAUCUACGGCAGCGUGGACCCGGCCAGCAUGAGACUGUUCAGGGUCAAUCCGGGUACCGGGGUCGUAUAUACCGCCGACAGGCUGGACUACGAGGCCAGAACGCAGCACAUCCUCACUAUUAUGGUCAAGGAUCAGGAGUUUCCAUUUAACCGUGACCUGGCUCGGAUCCUGGUGGCGGUGGAGGACUCCAAUGACAACAUCCCGUACUUCACCAGCACUGUAUACGAUGCCGUAGCGUACGAGUCUUCUCCUGUCGGCACUUCCGUCCUGCAAGUGACCGCCUUGGACAAAGACAAUGGGAUUAAUGGGCAGCUCGCAUAUACUAUGGAAGCAGGUAACGCCGGGGGUGUGUUUGGCAUUGAUAAUGCCACAGGCCUUAUCUUCAUUGCCAGGGACCUGGACCUCACCUGUGUGGGGUUCUACACUCUCACCGUGCGUGUCACAGACAGUGGAUUUCCUCCCCUAAUGGCCACAGCCUCAGUCCGGAUCUCCAUGAUACUCUCUGACUUCUCCAAACCCAGAUUUUCUCAGAAGGAGUAUCAGUCUGAGAUAAUGGAGAACAGCACUGUUGGAACGCAUGUGACCACCGUCAGCGCCGUCAGCCGCUCGGCGCUCAUUUAUGACAUCGCCAGGGGCAACGAGGAGCACUGCUUCGUCAUCAACCAGCAUACGGGCGUGAUCCUCACGCGGAAACUACUCGACUUUGAGGUCAGUUCAUACUUUAACACGUGGCUACAUUUUACAGCGGAACCUUUUCCCUCACGCGUUCCUUGGCGAUGGCAGCAAACAGCGUCCUACUUCCUGCUGGUCCACGCCCUGAGCAUGGCCGGCGUGGAGGCCAGCACCACCGUCAUCAUCCAGGUGGGAGACGUCAACGACAACCCACCCGUCUUUCAGCAAAUCAGCUACGUAGGCACCAUCAGCGAGGCUGCUCCAGUCAACAGCGUGGUGCUGGGAGACGAUGGGAACCCGUUGGUCAUCCAGGCCACGGAUGGGGACAGAAACCACAACGCCCUGUUAGUCUUCCAGAUCGUGGACGAAACUGCUCGCAUGUUUUUCAGCGUGGACUCGGGGACCGGAUCCGUUCGAACAAUUGCCAGUCUAGACUAUGAGACGUUCUCUGAGUACUUCUUUCGAAUCCACGUUCGAGAUAGUGGUCAGCCGCCUAGAAGCGCCGACAGCCCAGCGGAGGUGCUUAUAAGGGUGAGUAAGUGCUGUAUGAAUAUGAAUCAGCAGCUGCUGCCUAAUGAUUUAUCCUUGACUCACUUAUAUUCUGCUUUGUCUCAGGUGAUCAACAUCAAUGACUCGCCUCCGAAGUUUUCUCAGGACACCUAUGAGACAGUCCUGCUCCUGCCAACCUUCGUGGGGGUUGAGGUCCUUCAGGUUGAGGCCUUUGACCCGGACAUGUCGGCCGACCUCGCCCUGGACCCCGACAAAUCCAUCGCCUCGCAGCUAGUUUACUCCCUGCUGGACAGCAGCGUGGAGCUCUUCUCUGUGGACCGCUACACUGGGGUGGUGACUGUCAUCAAUCAGAACCUGGACAAAGACCGUUAUCGCUUAAACGUUAAGGUGUGGGAUGGACGUUUCUCCAGCACAGCGUGGGUCACGGUGCUCGUCCGCGAGGCCGUGGACAGCGGCCUGCUCUUCACCUCGCCGGUCUACUCCGCCUCCAUCCCAGAGAACGUAGCCAAUGUCACUUUGGUGAGCGUGGUCAGCACAGUGGGCCACCGGCUCAACGAGCCGCUCAAGUACGCUCUCCUGAACCCCGGCGGGCGCUUCGCCAUCCGGCCGACGUGUGGAGUGGUGCUCACCACCGGCGUGCCUUUUGACCGCGAGGAGAAGGAGCGCUACGACGUGGUGGUGGAGGUCAGCAGAGAGGAUGAGAUACUCAGGGUGGCCAGGGUGAUCGUACAAGUGCAGGUGGAGGAUGUGAAUGACAAUGCUCCCGCGUUCGUGGACCUCCCCUACUACGCCGCAGUGCAGGUGGAGGCAGAGCCGGGAUCCACUGUUUUCAGGGUCUCGGCCGUUGACAAAGAUCACGGCCUGAAUGGAGAGUUGACGUACAGCCUAAAGGAGCAGCACAGGAGCUUCCAGGUGAAUCCUGUUACAGGGGAGCUGACCUUGAAGAGAGCCUUCGGGGUGGACCUGUCUAAUGCCGAGUACAAAGUGGUGAUUGUGGCCACUGAUGGUGGCUUCCCCCCUCUGUCCAGCGAGGUGGAGCUGCCCAUUACUGUGGUAAACAAGGCCAUGCCCGUGUUCGACAAGCCCUUCUACGGCGUCACCGUGAGGGAAGACGUGCCCGUCUCCACCUCGGUGCUCUCCAUCAACGCGACCAGUCCCGAGGGCCAGAGCAUCAUUUUCACCGUGGCCGAUGGAGACCUCUCAUUCCAGUUCGACAUCGGCUUCGACACGGGGGUGAUCAGCGUGGUUUACCCGUUAGACUACGAGACCACGCAGUACUACAGGCUGACGGUGAGGGCCACGGACACGCUGAGCGGGGCCAAGUCGGAGGUGGACGUGGACAUCGUGGUUCUGGACGUGAACGAUAACCCGCCGCUGUUUGUGAACGCCUCGUACUCGGCCGUGCUCCCCGAGAACUCCAUGAUCGGAACGACCGUCUUACAGGUGUUUGCCCAGGACCAGGACUCGGGGAGGAAUGCGGCAGUGAGCUACCAGAUCCUAUCUGACAUCAACAACAGCAGCGACUACUUCCACAUCGACAGUAAGAGCGGGCUGGUAUUCACGGCACGCCUGCUCGACUACGAGCUCAUCCAGCGCUACAACUUCAUUGUGAGGGCGACGGACAGUGGAGACCCUGCCCUCGGCGCUGAUGUCAGCGUCAACGUGAUUGUUACUGACACAAACGACAACCCGCCUAAUUUCAGCCAGGCGCUGUACGAGGCCUAUGUCAGUGAGCUGGCUCCCAGAGGACACUUCGUGACUUGUGUUCAGGCAUCCGACGCCGACAUCUGCGAUGCUCAUAGACUGAGGUACAGUAUUCUCUCGGGAAACGAGCGGAUGACUUUCAUGAUGGAGCCGGACACGGGGGUGCUGAGCCUGUCUAACAAGAGGAGACAAGGCAUGAAACUCUCAUACCAGCUCAACGUAUCCGUGUCCGACGGCGUCUUCACCAACACCGCUCAGGUGAUUGUGUUCGUGCUGGGGGCAAACCUGUACAGCCCGGUGUUCAGCCAGAGGUUCUACCUGGCUGAGGUGCCAGAGAACGCCCCUCCAGGGUCAAAGGUCACCCAGGUUCGAGCUACAGAUGAGGACUCCGGGUUAUUUGGACAGAUCACCUAUUCCUUCGUCAAUGACCUGGGGAAAAGCCACUUUGCCAUCGAUGCAGACGGAGUCAUAUCCACUCUUCAGAAAUUAGACAGAGAGAACCCUGUUAACAAGGACGUAGUGCUGACGGUUAUGGCCCUGGAUGGCGGCGGCCGGGCGUCAUUUUGCACGGUGCGAGUGGUUCUGGAGGAUGAGAACGACAACGCCCCUCGGUUCAGAGCCGUGGAGUAUCGCAUGAGCAUCAAAGCAAACGUUGCCAAAGGUUCUCUGGUCACGCAGAUCCAGGCCACCGACCCUGAUGCUGGGUCCAAUGGAAGGAUCAUCUACUCCCUUUACAGCGAGGCGCGUCUGUCGCUGGUCGAUGUGCUGGAGGUGGAGCCAGACAGUGGUUGGAUGAUGACUAAAAGCACGGUGGACCACCUCCAAGGGACCAUGCUGUCCUUCUUUGUCAAAGCCUCGGACUGCGGCUCUCCAGCCAAACACUCUCUGGUGUCAGCUUUCAUCCAUGUGGUCCCUCCAGAGGCGUUCGUCCCCUCCUUCAGCCAGCCUCAGUACUCCUUCACCAUCCCCGAGGACACGGCAGUGGGCACCGCCCUGGGCUCCGUGUACAUGGGCUCUGGACAGAUGGGCUUCUUCACUGCAAUCGGAGGCGAGACGGUCGACAGCAACCAGGGAGGGACCUUCCUGGUGGACAGAGAGACGGGUCUGAUCCGUCUGGUGAAACCGCUGGACUACGAGCAGGUCAGCACCUUCCGCUUCAAGGUUGCAGCGACAACUCGGCGAGACCUGAUUGAGUCGAUGUCCACCGUGGACCUGGAGGUUAAGAUCCUGGACGUGAACGACAACAGGCCGGUGUUCGAGACCAACACCUACGUGGCAACAGUGAUGGAGGGGAUGCCGGUGGGGACCAGAGUGGUCCAGGUGCGAGCCCUUGAUCCAGACUGGGGAGCCAACGGGCAGGUCGCCUACAGCCUCGGGCCCAUGCUCACCUACAACCUGGACUUAACAAAGGACGCUCGCUCCUUCAGUGGCCCCGUCACCACCGCCUCAGUCUUCGCCAUCGACAGCAAAACAGGCUGGGUCACCACACUGAGUCCGAUGGACCACGAGGCCUGCUCCAGCUACAGCUUUGAGGUGGUGGCCUCAGAUCUGGGGGAGCUGCAGGCUCUGUCCUCCACCGCGGUGGUGACCAUCACUGUGUCGGACGUCAACGACAACCCGCCGCGGUUCGAGAGGGAGCUCUAUCGGGGCGCGGUAAAGGAGAGCGACCCGCUCGGCGAGGUGGUGGCCGUUCUGAAAACCAAAGACCAGGAUGGAACGGAUCAGAACCGCCUGGUCAGCUUUUACAUCACCGGGGGAAACCCGCGGGGCGUGUUUGGCCUGGCUCUCGUGCAGGGGGAGUGGAAGGUCUACGUGAGCGGCCUGCUGGACCGCGAGCAGCAGGACUGGUAUCUGCUCAACAUCACGGCCAGCGACGGCCUGUACGUCGCUCGCACCGCGGUGGAGGUCACCGUCAUGGACGCCAACGACAACAGCCCCAUCUGCAACCAGGCAGUGUAUAGCGCCUCUUUUCCUGAGGACAUUUCCACUAACAAGGGCAUUCUGACAGUGGGCGCCACCGAUGCUGACUCAGGCACCAGCGCUGAGAUCCAGUACUCGCUGUUUGGAAUUGGGGUGGAGGAUUUCUACAUGGAUGCAAACACCGGCGAGCUUCGCACAGCUACAGUCAUGGACCGGGAAAUAGCAGCCAGCUACAAACUCAUUGCUCAGGCGACUGAUGGAGGAGGGCUGUUCUGCCGCUCUGACAUUUCUCUGAAAGUGCUGGAUGUGAAUGACAAUGCCCCCUCAUUCUCCUCCUCUCAUUACCUCGCGAGUGUGUAUGAGAAUGCUGCCCCCAAGGCUUUGAUAACACGCCUGCAAGCCACAGACCCCGAUGAAGGGCUUAACCGCACUGUUGUGUAUUCUCUGGCGAAUUCAGCCAAUGGAUUCUUCUCCAUCGAUCCGGUGUCUGGGAUGGUGAUUCUGGAGAAAUAUCUGGACAGAGAGAGCAGAGACUCGUAUCGGGUUCGAGUCCAGGCGACUGACCAGGCUGGACAACAAGGGGCACAGUCCUCGCAGGUUGAUUUGACCAUUUUGGUUCUGGACGUGAACGACAACGCUCCAGUCUUCCAGAAGAGAGACUACACGGUCACGGUCCCUGAGGACGUCGCCGUCGGCACCGAGGUGAUGCGCGUGCUGGCCACCAGCGCCGACAUCGGGCCCAACGCUGAGGUCACCUACACGAUCCGGUCGGGAAACGAGCUCGGACGGUUCGCCAUAGACAGAAACCUGGGCACCAUUACUGUGGCUGAUGAUUUGGACUUUGAGGUGUGCAAGGACUACUACCUCACCAUUGAGGCAUGGGACAGCGGCAACCCUCCCCUCAGCACCGCUACCAUGGUAACCAUUGAGCUGAUGGACGUCAACGACAAUGCUCCGGCCUUCAGUCAGGACAUCUACAACGUCCUGAUCAGCGAAGACGCGCCCGUCGGGCAGACGAUCACACGGGUGCUGGCAGAGGACCUGGACAGCCAGGUUAAUGGGCGAAUCACCUACUCUAUCCUGAAAGGUGACCGAAGCAACCACUUCUGGAUUGACCCUGUAACAGGACUGCUCAAAGUCAAUAAGCGGCUGGACAGAGAACUAGUUUCCAGAUACUCCCUGUCAGUGCAGGCGUUUGACAGUGGCUCCCCUGCCAUGUCCUCCACUGUCACCAUCAACAUAGACGUCUCGGAUGUUAACGACAACCCUCCUGCCUUCAAUCCUCCCAACGCCACUGCUGUCAUACAGCUUAAUCAAGCCGCUGGCACCCCCCUGCUGACGCUGUCAGUCGGUGAUAAAGACUCUCCUAAAAACGGGCCUCCCUUUGACUUUCGCAUUGUGUCAGGCAACGAGGGGAGUUUCUUCUCGCUGGACCAGAGUGGCACCCUGUACUCCAGCCGCGUGCUGGGCCCUGAAGCUCCCAGAGAAUUCACCAUUGAAAUACAGGCAAGUGACUCUGGUAAACCGAGUCUCACCUCUUCCUCCUGGGUCUUCCUGAGGGUCAUUGGGAACAGCCAGUACAAGCCGGCCGUGUCCCCUUUGGAGAUCUUCAUUGUCAUGCUAACGGAUACCUUCCAAGGCGGCCUGGUGGGUCGGAUCUACGCGACGGACCGCGAUCCCAGUGACGUCCUGUCUUUCACCCAGAGGCCUCAGGCCAAAAGCAUGUUCACUAUCAACAGACAAGAUGGCAGCAUUACAGCUGUGCCCGGCCUGGAACCUGGCAGGUAUCAGAUGAACGCCACGGUGAGCGACGGGCGCUUCGCCGUGAUUGCCGACGUGUCCGUCCAAGUCGAGCAGGUGACAGAUUUGCUGCUGCGCAGUGCGCUGACCUUGCGUUUCAGCUCCCUGUCACCAGAGGACCUGCUCGGCCGCUACCUGAACCAGAUUAAGCUCACGCUACGUGGACUCGCUGGCUGGAAAUGGUCACCAGGGCAGCAGGAUCCGCUCCACAUCCUCUGCAUACAGCCGGUGAGGGGGACGCAUAGCGUGGACUUGCUCCUGGCCAUGGAACGGCCAGAGGCGGCGGGCGGCGGGCGGAUGGGCGGCUUCUACUCCCAGCAGGAGCUGUCGGCGAGGCUGGAGGAGGCGGCCGCACGGGGCCAGGUUCGAGGGCUCCUGGUCGGGGCGGUGGUGGUGAGCAGCGUGUGCUCCGGGGAGCUGGACUGCGGGGACAGGGUGUGUGAAAAGACACUUGUGACGGAGGGAGACUCACCGGUGACCUACAGCACGGAGAGGGUCAGCUUGGUGUCGCCAAAGUUCAGCUAUAGUGAGACCUGCACCUGCGGAGGCGCAUGCCCCACCCCUGUGGAGCUCUGUGAAGGACAGUCCUGCCCAGCAGACAUGCAGUGUGUCCGCUCCGGUCCUACAGCGCCCUCUGUCUGCCAGUGUCAGCGUGAGAAACUAGACGAGUGCGCAGGACAAACCUCUCUGAGCUUCUCCGGGAACAGCUACAUCAAAUACAGGGUGACGGAGAGCGGGCAGAGCGGAGAGAUGAGGCUCGGCCUGAGGAUCAGAACUCUCCAGAGAAGAGGAGUCAUCAUGUUUACGCGCGUUAACCCCUGCACCAUGCUCAAAAUUGAAGGGGGUAGACUCUGGUUCCAGUUGGACUGUGACAACACCCUAGGCAUUAUGGGUAUCUCUGGCAGGCCAAUAAAUGACGGCCUCUGGCACGCUGUUGCCUUGGAGCUGACAAGGAACUAUACGCUCCUGUCGCUGGAUGACAGCUAUGUGGAACGUCGGCGGGCGGCUCGCGCACCCGUCCGCCUCUGGCCUCUGGCCCCGGAUUCCUCCUUUUUCUUCGGGGCCCAGGUGAGGCCUCCGAGCAGCCACGGUACGAGGCCCAGCCCGGGGCCGGGGAGAAACCAGGCGGUGCAGAGAUUCGGGGACCGAGCUAGGGGCCCGCCGAGGGCUCAGGACGGCUUCCAGGGGUGCCUGGGCUCGCUGAUGCUGAACGGCGACGAGUUGCCGCUGCAAAAUAAAAGGAGCCGCUCGGCCGAGAUCGCCGGGCUCAACGAGGUCAAGUUGGGCUGCGUGCUCUAUCCAGACCCAUGUGUCAGUCAGCCCUGCCUCAACGGAGCCAUCUGCAGCAGCCUGCCCUUGGGAGGCUUCAUGUGCAGUUGCAGCUCUGGCUUCACCGGGGGGCGCUGUGAAGUUGAACUGACAUCCUGCAUGCCGAACCCCUGCCAGAACGGAGGGGACUGCAGGCCUGUAGGCAGCGCAUUCCUCUGUGGAUGUCCUCCAGGACUCGGGGGACUUAUAUGUAACGAGGAUGUGAAUGAAUGUGACCAGGACGACUGUGGAAACGGAGCGUGCGUUAACACGUUCGGGUCGUUCUACUGUAACUGCUCCGACGGGUACGAGGGUCAGUUCUGUGACGACGAGACGCCGGCCGAUGCUGGCGAUGACGCGCAGGCGGAGCCCCUGUCUUACAUCGGACCAGGAGAAAUAAUCGGCAUCGGAGUCCUUGCCUUUGUCAUCCUCCUCCUCCUCGUGCUCUUCAUCGCGUUUAGGAAAAAGAUCAAAUUCAGGAAGGACUCCGAUCUGGGCCCGGGGACUCAGGCCGUGAUGGGCAUCUCCGCUAUCUCCACUGAAACCAGCUACAUGCUACACAAGACUCGCACCGUGGCCGAUGGGAUUGAGUUCAAAGCCGUGCGCGUGUCCGGCUCGCCGGGGACCACCAGCACCUACGGGGAGGUGGGGGGCGGCGCCGGGGGUCCCCCCCAGGUCAUGGUGCGUCCCACGGCUCACUCUCCUCUGCCGGGAGGACUCAGCAACCAGGCGGUGAGGAGCGAGGAUGGGGACAAGAGCACCUCCAGCGAGGUCAGCCAGUUAAGCAGCUUCCUCUCAGAAAUGUCCAGUGCUCGAGGUGUGGCCAACAGGAGGGGCAUCGCCGUGUGCAGCGUGGCACCAAAUCUGCCCUCAGCCGUGGCCUGCCGCGCAAAGCUCAGCCCGGCCCACAAGGUGUCCUGGGAAGGUGAGGAGAGGAGGGAGGAAGGACCGGAGAUGCUGAGAGAUGAGAGAGAGGAGGAGUGGGGCCAGAGAGCGUUUGAGCUGGAGAGAACACAGAGGGAGAACAGUCCACAGGAGAUGCCGGAGAUGGUGGACGAGGUGGAGUGUCUCUCAGACUCCACGUCGGAGGAGCAGUCCCUCAGUUCCUACACCUCCGAGUCCUUUGAUGACAACGCCUCCAUAGUGACAGUCAUACGUCUCGUCAAUGACGCUGUUGAUAAUAUUGAGAGUGAAGUGUCAACCAUGGACAACGAACAGCGGCAGAACCGCUCUGCGUUCCGCUGGGAGUCUUCUUGUCAGACGUCGAGCUGGUUGUCACCAUCACAUCUACGUGCACCUGAGGCGGGCUCCCAUUAUGACCUCAGGGACACGGAGCAGAACAUCAGACGGGGCGGCAGCACGCGCUCCCUCCAGCUGGACUACAGAGUACUGGGCUCUAGCAGCGACAGGGCUCGAGAGCGGGCGCAGGAGACCACUGCAAAGAGGACUUUCCAGUGGGAGAGGAAUCAGUCAGGCGAGUGGGUGAGGAAGAGGAUCCUUGACAGGGAGGGAGCGAUCGGCGAGGAGAAGAACACAAGGAACAGGAGCAGGGAUGUGGGGGGGUGCCAGGACCGCCGAGGCCUUCAGGAGCUGCACAGCCAGGACAGCGACGAAGACAGCUCCUCGCCUGUUUACGAGGAAUACCGGGAGUGCAGCCAGAACCCAGAACAAGCUGAUGACGCAGAGGGCCUCUAUGACACUCUACCGCCCACCCGGCGGGCCUACGAAGGCUAUCCGUCCAGCCCCCCCGGCCUUAACCUUCACCCAGCCCAGCUCCUGCCCCCUCUCAGGGCGUGGGACCUGCAGCCAGGCGAGUGGAGGGGCUCGCAGGAGGACGGGGGAGGGCUCGGCUCCGGCACUCUGACAGGAUCUGGGGACGAACUGGAGAGACUGCUGAACCUGGUGUCUCUGAGAGCCAGGAGAGCUACGCGGAUAAACAGAGCCUCCACUGGGUCUGAACCCACAGCAGGCUGGGAUGGAUUUAAAUAGGCACUGUAGUAUGCUUAAAAUGAAGAACUUUAAUACUCUUUCUAUAUUAAAGAGAAGCAGUAACCCCCUCUGAUUAUUAUUGAGAUAUAUUAUACUAUGCGGUUGGUCCAACACCUAAAAUAAUUAAAUGAAUAUAUUACCAUGUAUAUUUUAAUUUCUCCACAUCAUUCUCCUGCUGUAGGCCAACACUGCUUCCCCACAUCAUUUAUAAGAUAGAGGAAUACGAGCAUCCUCUAGAUGCCAUCACAUGUACAUGAGAAUCUCUGCUCAUUUAUUUUUUAUAGAAUCACUGAAACAGUGUUUAUGACCAUCAAUAUGAAAGAGCCUGUCUGUCUCUGUCUUACUGUAGAUGAUAAUAUUUUGUAUGUGUGUUAGUAUAUUGUCGUUUGGGAACCCACACACACACACACACACACACACACACACACACACACACACACACACACACACACACACACACACACACACGCACACACAGCCCUCUUGGAAGCUCAGCUAUGUAACGCUUCUCUUAUUUUUACUGACACAUGCUGGGGGUUGUUGUUUUGGAGAGAACUGUUCGCCCACGUCCCUGACACAGCCUCAGAGAUGCUAUUAAGAUUGCCAGGCGUUAAUACCAGGGGAUCUUUAAUCACCUAAUUACUAUUUAUAUAUUUUUUUUACUUGCACCAUUCAUUUGUUUGUUUGCUCUUAUUAAACACAUGCACCAAGGGCACGAGGCUCAUGUAAGUAUGAGUAAAAACAGCACUUUAGGUAAUGUUACAUAUUUAUUAUCUGAGCUCAACACCAACUUUGACCUGUCAUUUCAACAAAGAAGGUUUGUAGCUGUAUGCAGAUUCAGCAACAAUACAAAUCCUAGUAUUCCAGUGUACAUUGUGUAUGUUUGUAUGUAUGUAUGUAUGUAUGUGUUAGCGGUUUAGCUGAGCUCCAGAUAAAAACCUAGCCAAUUUAAAUGUGAUAUAAAUAUGUAAUUUGCCUUCAGAGUUGAUGCAGCCACUCUGCAGAACCAACGUGUUUACACACUGUCGCUUCGCUGAUGACACAGCGUCAAUAGUGGGUCCGUGUUCCCAGCUUCCUCACAACAAAGGGAAUGUAAAUGGAUUUAAGCAGCGUGUUCGACAACCUCGAAACACCGGCAGAACAAACAGGUGGUGGUUAACUUGGGGUAUUAGCGAUUAACUUAUUCAUAAUGACAGUUCAGGACUGUGGAUUGGGAACGAGCCCGACCAGAUGUCUACCGUCGGAAUUUCACACUGUAAUGGAAACAGCUGUGCGAGUCUGCCUCUGUCUCACACCAAUCAUAAAUCCUCUGGUAAACAUGACUCCUGGUGUAUGGUUUGAAACGGUGUGGGGGGGGGUUCACGUGACAAAACACUCUCCUUGUGGCAAAGAGAAUGAACACCCAAACAAGUGCAUAGACUGAAGUUUGCUACGGACUUCUGAGAGUGAGUGUAGACACGACGAGGAGUAAAUACAAAUCAUCCACAUCACAGCCUGUGCUGUGCGUGCGUUUUAACGCAACUGCGCAAGGGCCUUUUAUGAAAGACAGCACUUAAGACAGAAAGUGGAAGGCGCGUGGUUAGUAGAUUUAAAUGGAGCCCUGUGAAUUCUAGCAAAAAUUCCAUUAAAGUUUUUUUUUUGUUUGAAAAGCCUUUUGUUAAGCGUCUGCAAACUCUUCUUGCUCCAACAAAAGUAAAUGGACUGAACUGUUUGCAAGACGUUUUUUCAACGGGGGAGUAUUAUACUGAUGGUACAUACAGUAUUGUACAGUAAAUGAACUUCUUCUGAAAGUACGACUAAAGGGUGAAAAACACAGAUACAUGCAUGUAUCACAAAUGUCUCAGAGGACGGUGUCCGUGUUUUUACCCCCAUUCAGCUUCAUUCAUUGCACCGCUGAAGCACAUUGCACCUCACACUCAUGCAGGUCAGGCUAACACAUGGACCAACAUUCACACCUUUGGCUACUUUACAGCUUCCAAGCGACUCAGUCUGUACAUCUGGGGACUGAGGCAGUUAAAGUCUGGCACCUGUGGGAAACUGGCACCAACGGAGAACACAAAUUAUCAGGGUGAAUUUUUAAAUUCCCAUUAUGUAGAAGCUCAACCCUAAAUCCUAAAUAAGAAUGCAAUUGAAGCAGCAGGUGAGACUUGAGCAUAUGUUGGACUGGGUGUGCGCUCGCAGGUGAGCUAUAUCUCAGCGUAGACUACAUGAAUACCCAUAAAUAUUUAAUCCUCUCACACCAGUCUUGUCACACCUCUUGUUUUGCCUGCCUUCCCAAAUAAAAUCUGGCAGAUUGAUUUAGUAGAGCUUAAAGUCAUCCAAUCCUCAGGAAAUGCAAAGGCGUAAACAUGUUUUUCUUUUUUUGUUUUUUUUUCAAGUGCAUAAUCUGCAUGAUCAGUCAGUCUUUUGAAAUCAUCUGAGAUGAUUCACAAAAAAGCGUCUUGUAAUCACGGCAUAGAUUGCUUUGCCUGCAUACAGUGUCAACAGUUGAACAGAUUUCAGCCUAAUCUUUCUGUUUACAUCAGGAAUCAGUCCUUUGCUACCUUGAAUAGAUCCGUCUUAUUCCCCGGCUCUCCUUGUUCUCGUCCGAGUUUAUUCCUAUAUGACCCACUGCUAUGAUCACAUUCUGCAGGAUGUGCAACUCUAAAAGCAGCGAAUGUGCGAUUGGGUGACACUUGUGUCUGCACAGGAUUGUACAUCUUCAGUAGCAGAUGAGACCUGUAAACCGCGUGGCACAGCCUCAGCGCUGAAUUUGAUUAAUACGACAUGCACCUCUGCACAUAAUCCAAAUUACAGUACAGCAACCUUUCAAUUAUUAAAUGUUACAAGGUCUGCCAGCGGCUGGCAAGGUCACAGUUCCUAUCACUCAUGACGCAUCCUCAGAAGUCGAUCAGUUAUUGAUUGCUGAUUGCUGAUUGGUGAAGUCAGGUUGUGGCCAGUGUGCAUCUCCACUAUCUGCAUUUGUUCACAGAGGAACCUUUGUGGGUUUUGAUUAUUUGCUUGUUGUCCCCUGUGGAGUUGACUCAAAAAACUUUCUCGCUUGUUAUUGUCCAGCUCUCCACCAGGCUAACUUUCCCAUGGCAACCAGACAUUCCCCUGAUUGGGUUUGUGUUUCAUUUGCUCUGUCACACGCGGCGCAUUCUGGCCAAUUAAGGAGUGAGUCUAUAUUAUAUGUGUCUGUCUGUGAGUGCUGCUGCAAAUGUGCAUGAUUUCUGUCUCUGUAGGUUUCUCAAGGUCCCCCACUCCUGAAAUGCUGAAUGUUUCUCUGUGAUACACGAGGGUGACUGGGGUUGUGUGACACAAGAAUAAACUUUUCCACCGCCAAACA